AUGAGGAGGAUCAUGGUCGACACGGGGAGCUCGGCCGACAUACUCUACUUCGACGCCUUCCAAAAGCUACGCUUGGCCAGGGAGAAUCUGAGCCCGAUGUACUCGGCGCUCACCGGUUUCACGGGAGAUUCAAUAUCACCCCUGGGGGCUAUUACUUUGCCCUUGACUCUAGGGACCCCGCCGAGGUCGAAGACAGUGAUGACCACUUUCCUGGUGGUCGACCUUCCCACUGCUUACAAUGCCAUACUUGGUCGGCCAUCCCUCAACAAGGUCAGAGUCGCCGUCUCGACCUACUACCAGACCAUCAAGUUCCCAACUUGUGCUGGAGUCGGGGAAGUCACGAGAAGCCCCUGGGAAUCCAGGCGGUGCUACCUCACCUCCGUCUCAUUAGGCAAGAGAGCUAGGACCGAGGCGCCCCUGGAAGAUCCGCGCGAAACGAAGAAACUGGCUCCUCAUCCCGAGCCGAGGGGAUCCACCGUUGACAUUCCUCUGCGAGAAGCUCGGCCGAACCAGACAGUCAAGAUCGGAUCGGAGCUGCCCAAGCGGGAACGGGAGCAGCUCGUCGGUCUCCUACGGGAAAAUGCCGACGUCUUCGCCUGGUCCCCAUUAGACAUGACGGGUGUCGACCCAGAGGUCGCGGAGCAUCACCUCAACAUCCCGCCUGACGCUCACCCAGUGAAACAAAAGCCCCGGCGCCAGGCCCCUGACCGACAACGCGCAAUACGAGAAGAGGUGGACCGGCUCUUAGCCGCAAGCUUCAUAGAAGAAGCCAAAUAUCCUCAAUGGCUGUCCAAUGUCGACCAACUGGUCGACGCGACGACCGGUCACACGCGACUCUCUUUUAUGGAUGCCUACUCAGGGUAUAACCAGAUCAGGAUGGCGCCCGAGGACAGGGAGCACACGGCCUUCCUCACCGAUCAAGGGGUAUACUUCUACAAAGUCAUACCAUUCAGACUAAAAAAUGCUGGGGCCACAUACCAGAGAACGGUGAACAAGAUGUUCGCCCACCAGAUCGGGAGGAACAUGGAAGUCUACGUGGACGACAUGAUCGUAAAAAGCCAAGAGGCUGGAACGCACCUUGCCGACCUGGCCGAGGCCUUCGCCACGCUGCGCAAGUACGGCAUGCGGCUCAACCCCACAAAGUGCGCCUUCGGCGUCACCUCCGGGAAGUUUCUUGGGUUCAUCGUGCACGAGAGAGGAAUAGACGCCAACCCGGAGAAGGUUCAAGCAAUAAUCAACAUGCAGUCUCCCCGAACGAUUAAAGACCUGCAACGACUUAACGGAAGACUCGUCGCUCUGUCUCGCUUCCUCGCCCGAUCGGGCGAUCGCCGCCUCCCAUUCUUCAAGGCCCUUAAAAGCCCGAAGAACUUCCUGUGGACAUCAGAAUGCGAGGAGGCCUUCAAACAAAUGAAGCAGCACCUGGCCAGCCUUCCCCGGCUCGCCUCUGUCUCCCCAGACGAGAAGCUGGGCCUCUACUUGGCAGCCUCCUCCCAUGUCCUGAGUGGCCCUGAGGAGCGUUACCCACUAAUAGAGAAACUCGCACUCGCCCUGGUGCUCUCGGAUCAGAAGUUGCACCCCUACUUCCAGGCACACCCGGUGGAGGUCAUCACCGACCAACCUCUUCGGCAGGUCCUAACAAAAUUUGAUGUUGCAGGACGGCUCCUCAAAUGGGUGGUGGAGCUCAGCGAACAUGACAUAAGAUACCUGUCCAGGACCGCCAUCAAGGCCCAGGCUCCCGAAGUUUGGACCCUACACGUCGACGGCUCGGCCAACUCGAGGGGCGCCGGCGUAGGGCUGGUUCUCCUCGCCCUUGACGGACGCUCGUUCAAGCGCUCCCUCUGCUUCGGGUUUAAAGCCACCAACAACGAGGCGGAGUACGAGGCGCUCCUAGCCGGACUAAGGCUGGCCCUCGAGAUGCAGGUGGCCGCGAUACGCAUCCUCACCAAUUCGCAACUUGUGGCCGAGCAGCUCAACGGCGGAUAUGAAGCUCGGGACACAACCAUGGCAAAAUACCUGGCUCGGGUAAGGGACCUAACCGCCAAGUUUCGCUAUUUUACACUCUCUAAUGUUCCGAGGAAGGAAAACGAGUGA